UAAGUUACUUCCUGUUAAGACAAGCUGGGUUCUACCACUUUCGAUUAGACGCUGCGCAUUUACAAGUUGUUGGCGGCGUUAGGUGCUCCGUUACAAUACUUAUUAUUAUGCUGGUAAACUUUGCGAAGCAUGUGUUCAUGAGAUAAUGUCGGGAUCAGGAGAUAUGAACAGCGACACCAGCAGCCCUGGAAGAGGACGCGGACGGGGAAGAGGAUUUCAGAAACGCGUGCAACAAACAAAUCCGCCCUCGCCUGGUACUGGCGGUAGUGGCGCCACAAACCUAGCAGACAAAAAGGGUCUCCGCCGACCCCUUCCAGAAACUGAAGCACAGCUUUUAGCAGGAGAUUCUCUGAAACCUCACGUGACAGCUUCCCCUGCCCCAGAGGAAGACAAGAAUCAGACAAAGCCUUCAUCACAGUUUUCUGCGAUUGUAUCAAAUUCAACACUGUCUGUCAAUGCUCCAGAGUUUGUGCCAAGAAACUGGGUUGCUGAACAGGAAUAUAUUUACCCAGAUGUAGAUGUGAUAGACCAAGUGAGAGAGACAAUAUUUGCCUUGACCUUGAGGCCUGGUAGCUUUGACGACCUGAUGAAGUCAAUAACUGAGACAAUCAAUUCAUGGGUCACUGAUGAAAGCACAAUUAUUGAAAUUAUUAACAUAAUAUUUGAACAGGCUGUUACAGAACCCAAUUUCCGCUACACAGGAGCCAGGCUAUGUGGUCAUUUUAGUGAACAUUUAAGAUUAAAAGGAGAAACAGGAAAUUUUAGACAGCACAUGAUGAAGAGGUGUCAUCAAGAACACUUAAAAAGGGAAGAGCUCGUGAAAGAUGGCAAUCAAGUUAGUAGAUUACAUGGAUUUGCCAUGUUUAUGGGGGAACUCUUUCUACAUAUGAAGAUUAAAGUUGGAAAUUCAUGGCAAAGAAUAAAUAUAUUAGGUACAGGAUUAAAAGAUGUUGCUGUGACUUUGUUGUCUCAUCCAACAGACAGUAAUCUCAAGUGUGUAGGACAGCUUCUCAAAUUUGCAGGGGCAGUAUUAGAAGAUGAAGAGAGAGUAAUGGUCAAUAAGCCCUCUGGCAAAUCCAUGGAUGAUAUCUUCCAGCUGAUCAAAAAAUGUACAGUUGAAGACAGUGUCAGCAAGCAUAUCAAGCAGAUGAUGCUUGGCGUGAUUGAGCUUCGUGCAAGUGACUGGGGUCGUGCAGAGUCUUCUCCUGUUGUAAAGAGUGAUGCACAUAAUGCAUUCACAUUUAACCAAGAUGAUCCAUUUACACAGCCUGAACCUGUCUUUUAUGAUUCACGAGGACAGCAAAUUACCAGAGUUCAAGCUGGUUUUCAAGAAGAAUACCCAGAAGUUUACUCACAGUCAGAUGUUGAUGAAUAUGUGAAGUGGGCAGACCCAGAGCAGUAUGAUGGAUAUGAUGAGUAUGGCUAUGAUUUUGAUCAGGGUGGCAUGGAUGAUGAAAUGGCAGCUGCAUAUGAUCAGUUUGUGACAGAAAAUGAAAGCUUCUCAAUAGGACACUGGAAUCCCACCUAAUUUUUCUGUUUUAAACUCAUUAAAAUGGUUUUAUAUAAAAUGGUUUGAUUAAAAGUGGCAAGGAACAUUCUACUGUAUUGACUUUGUACAUCGUCUUUUAUGUUUCCACCGUUAUGAACCUCUUAUCAUUUUUAGGGGAAGUUUGACGGAUAGUUCAAAUUGAUGGGUUUGUAGGUGUGGUUUGAACAAGCAGUCUAAAAUUGUUGUAAACCAGGUAUUGCCAACAUUCAGUUUUAAGUCCGUCUGUAUUCAGUUAAACUUUUUAAAGACUAUUCCACUCUUUAUAAUUACGGCAUUUUGCUCGAUUGAAUUCUUGUUGUGGCAUAUUUGGAAGCUUAAUGAAGAUGAUAGGUAGAUGGCCAUGGCAUAAAUUUUCAUGCUCAUUUUUAUUUAUAUAUGAAUUAGCUUAAUGUGUGAUGUAAAUAUUAUAGAAUAAAAACAUUCAACUUGUUGCGUUGCACUUGCUAGAGUA